AUGAUAAGAAAGGGGUUCAAACCAGGAGCAAUCAAUUGUAGAACUACUUCGCCCAAACAGGGGAACAACUGUCAGAAUCCCAUGCAGACUAUGGCUCCUUCCAACCUCCUUUCUCUAAUUCAGCACCCGGUUUCAAACGUUAAUGAGAACUCAGAUCUUAACAGUACAUUCUUCGACUCCAAAGCCUUGGGAAUAACAAUUCUCAAUGACCUGCCACAACUAGAGAAGAAGAAAAAGAGCACUGAAUCCCUAAAGCCAGGCAGGGGGAGCAAGAAGUCAAAAUCAAAACGAAAACUGACUGAGGAGGGCCCUGUUGCUAAAGCCCCCAAGAGCAAGAAAAAGAAGCUGAUGGGGGAAAUCCAUAAGGAUGGGAGACUUUACAAAAAAAAAUUAAAAAACCCUGGAGCUUCCCAGGUGGGAAAGAAAGAAAAAGUCAGUAGUGAUGCUAAAGAAAAGAAAUCAAAAGGGCUGCAUCACUCCAAGAAGAACAAAGGGAAGUUAGAUGGAAAUGUUACAGUCACAGUGGGAGAAAGUAGAGAAAUGCUAGGUACCAAGACCAAAAAAGCAAAGAAGCAUAAAAAGAAAUCUGACAAGAAGAAAAAGGACAAAGACAAAAAGAAUAAGAAAAAAAAAAGAAGUCCAUUUUCAAGAUCCUAACACUGCCUCAGUAUCCCUCAAGAAAGAGAAGAAAAAGAAAAAGAAAAUUAAACAAGUAGACUAAGAGGCAUAAAGGAGCAGGAUUUUUCUAGCCAAUUCUUGAAUGUCUAUGCCAACCUCUCCCACCUGGGGAAAAAAAAUCCAAUCAAAUCCCAGCCCCCGACCUAUGAGCCAGUGGAUCCAGCAGGAGCACACUAGGAUAAAUGGAAAGGAGUGCGCUGCUCUCAAAUGUGUCCCUAAUGAAUUGAAUGAUUUCCAUAGAGAUUACACCUAAUAUAUACAUAUAU